CAUAUCCAAUGUUUAUAGGCGACCAAACCAAAAGCAUUUGCAUUUCCAAUCUCAGCACUUACCUCUUUCUCUCUCCAUGGACUUAAAGUUAACACAAUGGAGAAAGCAGCACGAGUCAGAGUCAGAGUCAGAGCAGCAUCAUUCUCCAAAACUCCUCCAUCCACCACCACUCCCUCUUUUUCUACCUCAACUCUCCACCAGGAUGGAAAGUUGUUUCAGCUUUGCACAGUGGCAAGAGCUUGAGUUGCAGGCUCUCAUAUUCAGCUACAUGCAGGCUGGUGUUCCUGUUCCUCCUCAACUGCUCCAACCCAUCAAGAAAAGCUUCCUUCAACACCAUCACCCUGCUUUGAUGGAAUCAGGGUGCUGGGGAAGAGCAGCACUGGAUCCGGAGCCGGGGCGGUGCCGGAGGACCGACGGCAAGAAGUGGCGGUGCUCGAGGGACGCGGUGGCCGGUCAGAAGUACUGCGACCGCCACAUGCAUCGUGGUCGGAACCGUUCAAGAAAGCCUGUGGAAGUGGAACAACGUCAUGCUACUUCAUCCUCUGCUUCAUUCAACCGCCCUUUCAUUCAGCUCAAUCAAAGUUCCUCUUGGACCAAGAAUGAGAGCAAGAAUUUGUUUGAAAAGCAUGAUCAUGUGGAUGGGGAUGGAAAAUCUGGUGGGCAUGUCCUGAGGCAUUUCUUUGAUGAUUGGCCAAAGCCUGAAAAUGGUGAAAGCAAUAGUGGCAGGAGCAACUCUGGAACAUGCCUCUCUAUGGGAAUCACUUCCUCGGAUGUGUCGUUGAAAUUGUCUACUGGUCAUGGAGAGGACACGUGCCACGUGGCUUCAGUGGGAGGACCACUUGCAGAGGCAUUGAGAUCAUCCACUUCCACCUCCACUUCUUCACCAACCAGUGUUCUGCUUCAGUUGCCUCCUAAUUCUGCGUGAAGUUUGUGAGAACUUUUGGGUUACUUCGGAGAAUAUUCAUGGGCAUGUAUGUUGACAGAUAGAGAGAGAAAUACCUUCAACUUUUGGCAUGAUGUCUGAUUAAGGAGAGAAUAGUAUUAGUUCUUCCAGUUAAGUGAAUAACCAAAUUUACCA